GAUCAAGUUUCGCAGUGGUGUUGUUUAACAAUACCAGUGGUAUGGAUGAUCAUACAAAUCGAACAGUAACGGAAAGAUAUCUGCAGUUGAUCACUGAGUUCUAUUCAUUUGUGGACCAGCUUAAUUUAGCGGAUCUGAAAAUCAUAUUAAUUUUUGUAGCUAUUUGUACAAUUUUGGGGAACACUUUAGUUUUUGUGGAAAUCUGGAGAGAAAGAAGUCUCCAUCAACCAAAUAAAUAUUUCAUUGCUUGUCUGGCUGUCGCUGAUCUUUUGACUGGUUCAAUUGUAGCACCAUUGAGGGCGUAUCGAGGCAGUCUGGAUGUUGAAUCGCGACGUACCAUGUCUAUCGACCUAUGUCGUUUUAUGGUGUGGAUAGAUACCUUUGC